AUGGUGAAGAGAAAGAGAGCCGCCAUUCUGCCGACCAACAUCGCGCUGCUUCAGAACCUCGUUAAAAGAGACCCUGAAUCGUACUAUGAGGAGUUUUUGCAGCAGUACGCGCACUACGAGUCCAUGCGAGACAUAUUCCUGCUGUCUCCUUCGUCCCAUGACGGAGAGGAGUUUGCAGAGCUGAUCGGGUUCAUGUCUGCCGUGUGUUCGUGCUAUCCAAAGGAGACAGAGCAUUUUCCAGACGAUCUGAAGACGAUACUGACCAAUAACCAUCGCGAUCUGACGCCAGACCUGCGGGAGAAGAUCAUCCAGUGUCUGGUUAUGUUGCGUAACAAGGACGUUAUCAGUGCCGAGUAUUUGAUCCAGACCAUUUUCCCGCUUUUGAGCGCGUACGGGCCUAAAAUCGAGGGCAACAACGGGCUGCAUGCCAAGCAGCUCAGACACCAGAUAUACAGCUCUCUGGUGUCGCUGCUGAAGUCGUGCAACACCGGAGUCAAGAACCAGAAACUCAACAGGUCGACCCAGGCGUUGCUGUUUAACCUGCUGGAGCAGAAGGACGGGAACGGACUGUGGGCCACGAAACUGACCCGGGAGCUGUGGCGAAGAGGCGUGUGGGACGACUCGCGGACCGUCGAGAUCAUGACGCAGGCAUCGCUGCACCCGGACACCAAGGUCGUGAUAUCGGGUAUCCGUUUCUUUCUGGGAGCAGACAAGGAACGAGAGGAGAUGCUGGAGGCGGAGUCAGACGACGAGGAGCUGGACCCAAACGCUAUUCGCCACCAGAUGCAGGUGAACAAGAAGUCGUCGAAGAGAGGAAAGAAGCUGGAACAGGCUCUGAAGCAAGUCAAGAAGAAAUCGUCCAAGGGCAACACCACGUAUCUGAAUUUCUCUGCCAUCCAUCUUUUGAGAGACCCACAGCAAUUCGCAGAGGACCUAUACGAGCAGCAUUUGGCCAGCAAGAACUCCAACAAGUUCGAUCUCGACCAGAAAAUCGCCAUCAUGAAUCUGGUUUCGCGUCUCGUUGGUACUCACAAGCUGACCGUGUUGGGAAUCUACUCGUUUUUCUUGAAAUACCUGACUCCCAAACAGCGCAACGUGACUCAGAUCAUGGCGGCGUCCGCACAGGCUUCGCACGAUCUCGUUCCUCCAGAGACCAUCAACAUGGUGGUGCGAAAAAUCGCAGACGAGUUCGUUUCCGAGGGUGUUGCCUCUGAGGUUGCAGCUGCAGGAAUCAACACGAUCCGCGAGAUUCUGGCAAGAAACCCUGCCGGAAUCGACGAAACGCUGCUGCAGGACUUGACCGAGUACAAAUCGUCCAAGGCGAAGAACGUGGUUCAGGCUGCUCGGUCGCUGAUCUCGCUUUACAGAGAGGUGGCUCCGGAAAUGCUCUCUAAAAAAGACAGGGGAAAAUCUGCCACCAUGGAAAUUAUCCACGACGGGGGCAAGGGUCUGCCGCAGUUCGGUGUGGAGACCAAUAUCGUGCAAGGGAUUCCUGGACUGGAGCUUCUGGCCAAGUGGAAGAUGGAGCAGGGCACCUUGGGCAAGGAGAGUGCCGAGGACUGGACGCUUCCAGAGUCUGAGGAGGAGGAUCUCGCUGACGACAUUGAGGGUGACUGGGUGGACGUGAAGGACGGUGAAGAGAUCGAGAUCUCCGACGACGACGAGGAGAAGCUCGAGCGCAAGGGCAUCAAGAAAAAGUACCUGAAGUACAUGAAAAAGAGCAAGAAGAAGGUGCAGGACGAGGAUUCUGAUCUGGAGCUGUCGGAUGACGAGAGUGAGAAGCCAAGCAAAAAACAGAAGGUCGAAGACGACGACGAGCGCCAGAAAGCUAUCCAGCAGACGCUGACGCAGGUGUUGACUCCUGCCGACUUUGCCAAGCUGAAGGAGCUGAACCAGGUGGCCGGCGUGGAAAAGAUCAUGGGCGAGAAGUACAAGAACGAGGACUCGGUGGACCACUCGUCGCUGGUUGGACGGGUCAAGUACAAACAGACAAAGGAGGAGCGGCUGGAGCAGGUGAAGGAGGGCCGCGAGGACAGGGACAAGUUUGGUUCUCGGAAGGGCAAGAGAGACGCUCCGCACUCCACCACGAACAGAGAGAAACAGAGAAAGAAGAACUUUGUGAUGAUGAUCCACAAGAAGGCUGUGCAGGGAAAGCAGAAGUUGAGUUUACGGGACAGGCAGAAGGUUCUGCGUGCGCAUAUUGAGAGACAGAAGAAGAAGAAAUAG